AUGGCUGCGCCGACCGGAAACGGCAAGAGCGGUGGUGGCGGCCUCAUGUCCUCCAUGGGCCAGGCCUGGAAUGGUCUCUUGAGCCGCAAUGGUGGCAACCUGGCAGCCGACGUGGAUGCCUAUCUUACCAAAGCUCACGCCCCUACGGCCUGCCGCAUCUUCAUCGUCGGAGCCAAGCCCUGUGAGGCGAGCCUCCAAGUCUCCAUUGACAACAAACACGUUGGUGCCGGCAGCGUUCGCAGUUUCAAACGUCUCUACCGCGCUGCCGUCGCCAUCCUGCAGUGGCUCCGACAAGAAGAGAACAACGUUGCCGUCGUUUCCUGCGGCGAUGGUCUGGCGGCCACGGGGACCGUGAUUGCCGCUUGCCUAGUCCUAUCCAACGUGGCCACCAAUGCUUUGGAGGCCGUGCGCAUCUUCACCGGCAAACGCGUCGUUGGCGCUACCCCGGUGCUCAACCCGUACCAGCUACGCUAUGUGCAAUAUGUUGAGCGUACCUACCGGGGCGAGCGCCCCAAACCGCACGAACUUCAUAUCCACAAACUCCACAUCCUCGCCACCCCGCCCAUGAGCUCCUCGGCUCAAGGUACCACGCACCCAUUCUGGCUCGUCUUGGUCCAUGCCAAAACUGAUGCAUCGUCCCGGCUAUCUGACCUCGACUGGUGCACAGGGGCGUGUCGGCCAUUUGUCGUGGUGCAGGUGGGAGAAAAACAGGUUCUGUCAACGCGGCCCGCCGACCCAAGUGAUGCUCAAACUUAUACGCGGGAUGACUACAUUGAGCUGGGCAUUGACGUGCACCUCCUUGGUGAUGUCACCAUUGAACUCUGGCACUAUUCCACCGUCAUGUCAGCAUGGACCUUGAUCGUGUGGAUCGACGCUGCGAGACUUUGGAAGGCUUUGGGCUACGCAUUGACUGCGAGAUGGGGCCUAACCACCCGGAUCGCUUAGCGUGGAUCGAGGAUGAGGCGCGGGACUUUACCUCGGCUCUCCUAUUUAGCACGCCUGCGGAGCGGCAGGAGUUUGCUGCAGAUGUGGAACUGAUGCGCAGGUCUUUCCAGCAGGUGGCGGUGGCAACGUUCAAGGACGAUGACGAUGAAGAUGAUGACAGUAUGCUGCUAGAUGACAGCGCCGGGAACAGCAGUGAGGGGGGCCGCCGCAGCCGUGAAUCCAAUGAUCAACGGCCACCCGCUUCCCUGGCCCCCGUGUCUGAUGACGAAGAAGACUUGUUUGCAGAUGAUGCGCAGUUACGGCCCCCAAUGGGCUCAGAGCACAAUAGCACGGGCAAGCCCUCGCAGACACCGUCUGAAACGCCCGCGCCUGCCAACCUACUUGAUUUUGGGGACGAUGGCGCGAGCUCGGCCUCUGCGGCACCGGCUGAACCAAUGGCGGCAGAGUCGUCAUCCGUCGGCAAUCUACUUGACUUUGAUAUGGAGGCGCCCACGGCAGCACCCGCACAGUCAGCACCAACGUCUUCAGUCGACUCGGUGGCUGCAGACCUGCUCGACUUUGGCUUGGGGUCAGAGCCCGCCCCGAGCGCGGCCCCGCCGGCGGCAGCUACUUUUCAACGCCAGCCGCUACAAAGCCAACCACCACAGCUGCGCCUGGUGCCAGUUCCGGUGUGGGCACGAAUACGGGCACGGGUGCGGCGUCUCACCAAGCACCACGCCAAGCGGCCCCAUCCAGCCAGCAGGCACCACCACCACGCGGGGACGUCUUUGGCGGCAAGGCGUCCGGCAAGACGUCCGGCAAGGGCGCUGGCGCAUCGGUUCGUUUGGAUGGGAUUGGUCGCUGUGCUCGGCUCCAUCCGCAUGCUUCUUAUCCUUUGUGCGUGCUCUUGUCCAGGAUGGCAUGUUUGACGACUUGCUCUCGGACAGCCGUUUUGCCAAGCGCAAUGAAAAGCCCUCGUCGCUCGGGGCCAUGCUCAAGACGACCCGCAUGGCCAACGAGGACCCGAUCGUCGUUGAGGUUGAAGCUUGGUGCGAGGGCAAAGACAACAAUAUCCGCGCCCUGCUGGGUUCGCUUGACAUCAUUUUGUGGGAGGGCGCGCGCUGGAAGCCCAUCAACAUUGGCGUGCUGACGGACAACAAUCAAGUGCGCAAGGCCUAUCAGCGGGCCUGCCUGGUGGUGCACCCAGACAAGCUUCCGCCGAACAACUUGCCCGUAAUCCGGACCAUGGCCAAGGCAGCCAAGAAGGCCAAGGUCAACACAUCGGCCGACGAUGAUGAUGCGGGUCAUGCGCAGCAAAAUGGCAGUCAGGGCAUCCCACCUGGGCCCAAGGACUUUCUCAUGGAGCGCGUCCGGGCUGUGACGCCCGGGGUUGACCCAAAAGAGGGCCAGUGCGUGCUCUAUUGGAUGUCUCGAGAUCAGCGUCCCACGGACAAUUGGGCGCUGCUCUACGCUCGCCACCUGGCUCAGGAGAGGGACGUGCCCUUGCGAGUGGUAUUCUGCCUCGUGCCCAAGUUUCUCGAGGCCACCAUCCGUCAGUUUGGCUUCAUGUUGGACGGUCUCCAGGUCGUCGAAACACACUUGCGCAAAAAACACAUACCUUUCCAUCUGCUGACCGGCUACGCCAAGGACGUGCUGCCAAAGUUUGCCGAGGAGCAGGAAGCAUGUGCCGUGGUCUGUGACAUGAGCCCGCUCCGCGUUCCCAUGGCCUGGGUCAAGGAAACAGGCUCCAAGCUCAAGGACAUGAACGUGCCCCUAUAUCAGGUUGACGCACAUAACAUUGUGCCCGUGUGGCACGCAUCACCAAAGCAAGAAUAUGCGGCACGAACCAUCCGCAACAAAAUUCAUCAAAAGCUGGACACGUGCCUGCAACCCUUUCCCGAGUUGGAGAGCAACUCGAACAGUGUUCAACUACCAGACACGGUGGACUGGAAAAAGGCCCGCGAGAGCCUUGAGAUCAACUGGGACGUCAAGGAGGUGGACUGGCUCAAACCGGGCUACGAGGGUGGCAUGAAGAUGCUUGAGGAAUUUAUCAAUGAGCGCCUACAUCGCUAUGCCGAUGAUCGUAACGAUCCCAAUCUGGACGCCCUGUCCAAUCUCUCCCCCUAUUACCACUUUGGACAGAUCUCUGUGCAGCGGGUGGUCUUGGAGCUGCGCAGCAAGCAGCGGGGCAAAUACGCCGAAGGAGUCAAGGCCUACAUUGAGGAGGCGGUGGUGCGUCGGGAGUUGAGUGACAAUUUUUGCUUUUACAACCACCGCUACGACUCGGUGGAAGGCGCCUCGGCGUGGGCACAGGAGACUCUGGAUGUACAUAGCAAGGACAAACGGGAGCAUCUGUACACGCGCAAGCAGUUGGAAAACGCGGAAACGGCCGACGACUUGUGGAAUGCUUCGCAACUGCAACUGGUGCAGGAGGGCAAGAUGCACGGGUUUUUGCGCAUGUACUGGGCCAAGAAGAUCCUCGAGUGGACUGAGUCCCCAGAAAAGGCCCUAGAAGAUGCCAUCUACCUGAACGACAAAUACGAGCUGGAUGGGCGUGAUCCCAACGGCUAUGUUGGAUGCAUGUGGUCCAUUUGUGGCAUUCAUGACCAGGGCUGGGGCGAGCGCCCCGUUUUCGGCAAAAUUCGAUACAUGAAUUACAAGGGGUGCAAGCGCAAAUUUGACAUUGCUGCCUUUGUCAAGCGUUAUCCGCCUGCCGCCAAGAAUGCAGCCAGAGAAGCAAUACACUUGCGCGAUUCGUCUUUCUCACACAUGUGUGCUGCAUCUCUGAUGCGCUGGAACACGGGGAUAGGGCCGAGGCCAAGUAUGAGGGCAAGACGCUGCAAGUGAGCCUGUGGCAAAUCUGCACGCCCGAGGGCUGCACGGAGCUGGGCAAGGACAUGAAGCUUUCCAACAUUACGAACGACAUCAAGACUCCCAAGGGUGCUGAGCGUGAUGGUGCUGUGGCUGGCUUGAUUCUCGGCGGUCUCUUUGCCGUGCUCAGCUAUUUGCCCAUGUGCUGCAAGAGCAAGGGCCCCGUCAUCAUUCUGCAGUUUCUGGCCACCGCAUGCAUUGUGGCCACGGCCAUUUGCAUGUACGAAUACAAGACCGACAGCCUGGACAAGAGCCUGGGCGAUGAUCACAAGUACAAGUACACGGAUGGCUUUUUCGUGGCUUGCACUGGUGCCGUCCUGUCCUUUGCCACCUUUAUCUCUUCAUGCUGCCUCAACUUCCACGAGAGCUACGAGUCUCUGGGCGGCAACCUCUACGUCUAA